AUGACAAGUAGUUCAAGCUCUCCAGGUUCUCACUUGCCCUCCAAAACAAGAAAUUCCAAAAUAGAUUACAACUACUUGAAGGAAUUGAAUGAGGACUUAAAACUAAGAAAGCUGGAACUGCUAGAGAUGCAAAAACCUCUUGAAAAUAAGAACAACCUCUUAUUCCAGAAGUUAAUGUCAAACUUGGAGGAAAAACAAAGAAGUCUGCAGAUCAUGAGGCAGAUCAUGUCAGGGAAGGGGAGUGAAGAAUCCUCAGUCAUGGAGCUCAUUAAGGAAGCAGAGGAGAUGAAGCAGAAUCUGGAAAGGAAAAACAAGAUGCUCCGGAAGGAAAUGGAGAUGCUAUGGAACAAGACAUUCAACACAGAAGAACUGAGUGAUCAACAAAAAACACCACAGAUGAAAAACAAAGCAAACCUGCAGGAUGAAAAGGCUCCUCAAACCUCCUCAUUGCCUAGGAAGACCGAGAAUGAAUCGGAGGCAUCAUAUACAGAGAAAGCGAAGGAGAUAAGAAAGGAAAAGCAACGGAAGAAAAUAGAAUGGAUCAGGUAUCAGGAACAAGCCAACAACCUUCAGAAUGACUUUAAUGGAAAAGUGAUUGAGCUCAGAAUUGAAGCUUGGAAGAACUACCAGAAGGCCAAUGACCUGAUAUUAUCACUGUACUUACAGCCGAAUUUUGAGCCAAAGCAGGCAUUUCUUAGACUCCCAGAAAAUCAAGGUACUAUGGGCACUACAACUGUGGGCAGAGGAACUACGGGAAAAAAUUUCCUGCUUCAGAAAAUCCUGGGAUCAAAGACCUAUACAGAACAACAAAGAAUUAAAGGAAGUCAGUUUGAUGAUGUAGGAGGCAGGCUCUUUUUUCUGAGGUCACUGCCAGAUGAAUGA